CCUCCGGGCGCGGAGAACGCAGGUGGGCCGGUCGCCGCGGGGAGAUAGGCCCCCUGGGGCGGCGGCAGCUGGACCAUGGCCCGGAGACCCGGGGCGCCGGCCGCCUACGGGGAGGACUUCUCCUUCGUCAGUCCGCUGGUGAAAUACCUGCUCUUCUUCUUCAACAUGCUCUUUUGGGUGAUUUCCAUGGUGAUGGUGGCCGUGGGAGUCUACGCUCGGCUGAUGAAGCACGCAGAAGCAGCGCUGGCCUGCCUGGCGGUGGACCCUGCCAUCCUGCUGAUCGUGGUGGGCGUUCUCAUGUUCCUGCUCACUUUCUGCGGCUGCAUCGGAUCUCUCCGCGAGAACAUCUGCCUCCUGCAGACGUUCUCUCUCUGUCUCACCAUCGUGUUCCUGCUGCAGCUGGCAGCUGGGGUCCUGGGCUUCGUCUUCUCAGACAAGGCACGAGGGAAAGUGAGUGAGAUCAUUAAUAAUGCCAUCGUGCACUACCGAGAUGACCUGGACCUGCAGAACCUCAUAGAUUUUGGCCAAAAGAAGUUCAGCUGCUGUGGGGGGAUUUCCUACAAGGACUGGUCCCUGAACAUGUACUUCAACUGUUCGGAAGACAACCCCAGCCGUGAGCGCUGCUCUGUGCCUUACUCCUGUUGCUUGCCUACCCCCAACCAGGCAGUGAUCAACACCAUGUGUGGCCAAGGUAUGCAGGCCCUUGACUACUUGGAAGCUAGUAAAGUCAUCUACACCAAUGGCUGUAUUGACAGAUUGGUCAACUGGAUACACAGCAACCUCUUCGUACUUGGUGGUGUGGCACUGGGCCUGGCCAUCCCCCAGCUGGUGGGUAUCCUGCUGUCCAUGAUCCUCGUGAGUCAGAUCAAAGAUCAGAUCAAACUACAGCUCUACAACCAGCAGCACCGGGCUGACCCGUGGUACUGAGAAUCCAUCCUGCACCUCCUCAGUAGGGCAACACGCGAGCCUCAUCAACCAACGGCAGUGGUUACAGCUCUCAGCACCAAAUGGAGAUUUGGAUCCCAGCCCCGCAAGCAACCGCAAACUCCAGACGGCAGAAGGCAGGGUGCACAGGUGGCUCAAGUCUCUGAAGGAUGUGCCUCCUCUCCCCAUCCUAGCUCUCAGCAUUGUUAUUUUGUAUUCUAACCUCAGUCACUUGGGUUUAUGUUUUUGUUUUGUCUGAGCAGACAUGCUUGAGCAACAGCAGUUGCACAGAGUUUUGGGGGCACUAGGCUUUUCACCAAGCCAGCACUACUGACAGCUCUAGUAGGGCUGCU